AUGGGCUGGUUGGUUGCUGUGAACUCUCAGGCUACUAGGGACAGUCUUGAAUGGGCUACUCAAGUCGACUCUCAUAGCUGUGGACCUCUCUCAUGUGCAGCUGCAUGUCUUCUUCUCCAGGGAAUCAAACCUACCGCUUCCGCUCUUGGUCUGAAAUCAUCCAAUCUAGCUAGGGGCGAGAGCAGGAAGCUCCGAACUAGCGUGCUUCAAUUGGUGUUGGCAAUGGCUGCAAGGGAUCCAGCAAAUGAGAUUUUCUUCACUCCGAAAGUGAAGAAACAGCUGGAGAACCUCCCGAACUCUGCUCAUUUACAUGCAUAUGAAUAUGAUUUGGAUGUUACACAGGAUGAAAAAUCUGCAGGAUUGUUCAAUUUCAUAAGAUUGAAGAAGGGACCCCCGAAAGAUGCCCAUUUCGGUUGGUUGACUCAUAUGAGCCCUGGAACCAACAUAGUCCUAGCAGUCAAGUCUUGA